AGAAAACAUCUGUUAUAUUUCUGCCCAACAUUUAAACGAAAUGUUUUGAUCUAUCGAGUCAUUUAUCAGAGAGCACUUUGUCGUUAAGCAUAGAACUGUCGUCGGAUAUCGCCACCUGGACAACCCAACAUGUUUGUGAUCUGGGUGUGUGUUGUGGGCCUCUCCUUAGUCGGCCGAUCCCAUCAGCAGUCUGCUCACUGUCUGCCUACGGAAUACUCCAGUCACAAUUGUUCCUGUAUAGCCAAUGACGUUCUCUGCCAGGGAAUCGUGUCACUAGCACCAGUCGCUAAUCCUCUCCGCCUCAAUUCACUCAGCAUUUACGACAGCCCGAACCUGCAGUUACCAAAUAAUACGUUCAAUCGCCUCACUCUAUCAAGGCUGAGCCUGGCUAACAAUCGUCUAUUUAAUCAUGAUUUUGAACUUAACACGUUUGCAGGCCUGACUGUUCAGGACUUAGAUCUAAGUAACAAUAUGCUUACUAAGAUCCCUGAAGCCGUUACCAACGUGGCCAAUAUCAGAGGAUUGAGUGUAUCUGGUAACCCUAUUGAAAACUUCCGCAAUGAAGAUCGCAUAAUGAAGAAAAUCGGAGAUACUCUUCUCCGCUUUUCGUUUGGAGAUGAUGACUUCGAUCCUAAUUGGCCGACAGAGUUGAAGCACUUCCCACGUCUCGAAGAACUGAAUGUAACUAGAGGGGGCUUUUCGUUGAUGCCUAUAUGGGCAUUUUAUGGUUUUGAGAGGACACUUAAAAAGCUUUUAAUCGAAAAUACUAAUUUGAAAUCGGUGCCCCUUGCUUUUGGAAGGCUGAACUACAUGACAGAGCUGCGCUUCGACCACAACCAAGAGGUGGGCGACUUCGGGAUGAACGUACCUCUGGUUCAUGGUAUACUUACACAUAUUGGUCUGAUAACGCUGAAAGAUGAUAACAUAACAACUUUCCCUCAAAUCCUAGGCAAGUUCGAUAACCUCACUAAGCUUGAAAUGGGUCAAAAUGCAUUGAAAUUUGUCAGCGAUCAAUCAGCUAAUGCCAUCAAACGCGUCACAAGUCUGAGUCUGCGCAAUUCAAGCAUUUCGCGUAUUCCUGGCGCACUACAAGAUAUGAAAACUCUGAAGGAUAUCGAUCUGUCUUUUAACGGUAUACACAGCAUUCAGCGGCAAGACUUGGAAAACUUAACGAGUCUUGAGACUCUUAAUUUGAAUGAUAAUCCUUUACAGUAUGUCUCGGACCAUGCGUUCCAGAAGUCGAUAAAAUUAACCAGAGUGGAGUUUCGUAACACCCAACUAACGAAUGUGCCCUGUGCCAUUAAGAAUCUUUGUCUGAGAGCUAUGAACAUCACCGUCGACUUGACAGGCAAUAAGAUCGAGUGCACGUGCUCGCUUCAGUGGCUGUAUAAGUGGGGGAGUCAUGACAUAACCAGUAACCGUAACCAGCAUCUUAGUGUCCUUGGAAACUGUUUGACCAUCGACAGCACCAUUCAAGAUUACUUUGAUAAAACUCUGAAGGAUUGUCCGGAUUCCUACCUUUGCAACGACAUCCAAGUGAAUUCGAAUCCUGACUGUGGUGUGAUGUAAAAGGAUAUAUUGGACUGUCGGCUAAGUAAACUGCCAGCUGAUUUCAAAUGUAUCACAAUCAAUGACCAGGUGUUUUUUACGACAAGCUCAUAGCAAAUAUUGAUUUAUCUGAAGGGAAUUUACAUUUAAACGUUAUUGAUUCCUGGGAAUGUAUAAGCCAAUCAACAAGACAAUUUUUUCGUUUGUCCUUCAGAACAUUUUUUCAGUUUCAUAGUUAUUCCUGGGACUUUUCAUUAAGGAAUGUCAAGGUUUGGACACUGUGUUCAUCCUCUUUACAUUCUUUUUAAAUUUGUUUACUUUUCACUGUAAAUCUCAAUUAAUUAAUCUUUUAAGGAUUUAUGCUUUUUUGCAAAGUAUACAUAUUGUCAGAGUAAUCUCCCUUAGAAUGUGAGCUUACUUACUUACUUACUAUCUUAACAUAUCGUUUUGAAAGUUGUCUCUUUUCAUUCUUUGAGAUUGAAUCAAUUAUGUGUAAUUAUAUAGAUUUUAAAACAUUUUAAAAUUAAAUAUUUUACAGGUGUUAUUUUGUUAAACGGCUUUGAAAUAAGUGCAUAUGAUAUAGGUAGGUAUCAUGUAAUAGUUACAAAGUCAAAUAAUGUCUAUAGAUCUGUAAAAAGCUUUCAUUGGAAUCAUACGUCUAACGAAAUUAUGGACAUGUGCUUGGGAUAAGGUAAAGUAAGUCAGUAUAUCGUCGGAAUAACAAGGUUACAGUUAAGGAUAUAUCAUCACUGCCGUUAUGUAUUUGAUCACUCUUUGAUUAUUUAAAUUUACAACGAAAAUAGCUAAUGAAUCAAAUUAAGCAAUUGUAACAUUUGAGUUCAAUUGAUUUCAUAGCUAUCCCAUACACGCCAUAAUCUAACAUGUAUUCAUUUUUUAAUUGUAAAUAUGAUAGGCUCUGGAUUGUAUUUUUUUUUAAAUAAAAUAUUUCGAAGUACAAAUUU